UAAAAUAAUUACCAGAGAUUAAAAGCUCCGAACUCUUUUAUAAUAAAAAGUGAGACCUUCCGUAUUCCGUCGCCCCCUUUCCCCCUUCCAGCCUUCCCCAAUCCCAUCCCUGAUCCCCAGCUUUACAGCGAUCAAGAGAUCGAAUAAGAAUAAUAAUAAUAACAUCAGCAGCAGUAUCACGAGAGGAACAGGAAUAACAAUAGAAUAAAAUCCAAUUCCCAGCUGUAUCCUUGCAUGGAUCCCUGCUGCUUUCGGAAUAAUAUCCCAUCUCCAGAAGAAGACGAUAAGAAGAACAAAUUUAAGUCGGUGACUAACUUUGAAAUCUUCUACAGAGAGACGUAGGAAAGGAGGAGACACGGUCGGAGGAUAGGCACAACCGACCUAAGGGUUGGGUUUGGUCUCCUCACGCCGCCGCGGCCGAUUUCUUUGGCCGAACACCAUUCAAAGUUUCAAACCCUUCUUUCUUCGAAUCUUCUCUACUCACGCUCAAAUUAGCCUUCAAUUUAUAGUGCAGUCGUUUCCAGUUUUCGGAACUUUUCUCGACAUUUUUAGGGCGAUAUUCGGUCGAUUUGAUCGACGAAUCUGCGCGAUUUGGGAGGAUUUUUAUUGGAUUUGUAGGGGGUUGAGAUCGAUGGGAUUGCGAAGCUCGAGAGAGGCGAGCCCGAGGAGCUUCCGGUCGACAGGGUCGUUUCAAGAUCGGAGCUACUCGCAGGAGCAGUAUUGGGGCGAGAGUUAUCCCUAUGAAGCGCCUGGGUAUCGGAAUUACCCUCCUCCGCCGCAAAGCUAUGGUGAGCCGGUGCAGGCCUAUCCACCGCCGUCUUCUGGUUACUCGCAGCCGUCCCGCACGCAGCGUGCUGGUGGGUCUCGACCGAGGCUGGAUCGGCGGUACUCGAAGAUAACCGACGAUUACAAUUCUGUGGAACAGGUCACUGAGGCUCUUGCACAGGCUGGCCUGGAGUCUUCAAAUCUCAUUGUUGGUAUUGAUUUCACAAAGAGCAAUGAGUGGACAGGUAAAUUUUCAUUCCAUGGACGCAGCUUGCAUCAUGUCGGUGAUAUUCCAAAUCCCUAUGAACAAGCGAUCUCUAUCAUUGGACGAACCUUGUCAGCAUUUGAUGAAGACAACUUGAUCCCAUGUUUUGGUUUUGGAGAUGCAUCAACACAUGACCAGGAUGUCUUUAGCUUCUAUCCUGAUGAGAGACCAUGCAAUGGUUUUUCAGAAGCCCUAGCACGAUACAGAGAGCUUAUCCCCCAUCUGCGAUUGGCUGGGCCUACCUCAUUUGCUCCUAUUAUUGAAAUGGCUAUGACCAUUGUGGAACAGAAUGGUGGACAAUACCAUGUUUUAUUGAUAAUUGCUGAUGGACAGGUUACAAGGAGCGUAGAUACUGAAUUUGGACAGUUGAGCGCUCAGGAGCAAAAAACUAUUGAAGCCAUUGUAAAAGCUAGUGAAUUUCCUUUGUCUAUUGUUCUGGUUGGAGUUGGAGAUGGCCCUUGGGACAUGAUGAAGCAAUUUGAUGAUAACAUUCCUGCUCGAUCCUUUGAUAAUUUUCAGUUUGUAAAUUUUACGGAGAUAAUGUCAAAGAACAUGCCCCAAACCAGAAAAGAGGCAGCAUUUGCUCUCGCAGCAUUAAUGGAAAUACCUUCACAAUAUAAAGCAACAUUAGAACUGGGAAUCUUAGGUCGUUGUUCAGCGAAGUCUCCGGAGAGGGUCCCUCUUCCCCCACCUGUUGGAGGUUAUGGUACAUCUUCCUCUGGCUCUAAAAGUUUCCAGUCAACCAGUUUUCAGAAGAGUGUACCACCUUAUUCUGGAUAUGAUACAGCACCAAGUGCAGCUCCUACUGCGCCAAGUGCAUCAUUGGACAAUCAGCUUUGCCCUAUUUGCUUUACAAACCCAAAGGACAUGGCUUUUGGCUGUGGGCACCAGACUUGCUGUGAUUGUGGCCAGAGCCUGGAGUUGUGCCCCAUCUGCCGAAGUGUAAUUCAUACUAGAAUAAGGCUUUAUUGACGUGAUCAGCAUUUAUGGUAAUUAUUCUGCUGCCACCGACGAGCAAUGGUUGUGCCUCCAUGAACACCGUGCGGUUCCCGUGUCCAAAUGCCUGUGUUUGAAUUAGUGAAAGUGUUCAUUUGUAUUUUGGGUACAGUAUUGCAGUAUCGUAGAAUUUUGUACAUAAAUUACCCUUUCGGCCAUUGUUUAGGUCUAGUGAAUUCUUUUCUUUUUUAAUUGUUUUUGUUCCGGGUAUUUUACAUCUCAAGGUUGCAUUAUUUUUUGUGGCACUAAUAACAUUCUUUGUUUGAUGAGCUUUUAUAUAUAUAUUUG